UGAACCAGCAGAUCUAGCGCCCCCCUAAGUUGACUGUCGUAACCCUUCAUCCAACCCAAGGGGACAGGACCGCUGCUCUGUCAGUUUCCUUCCCCGCUCUUGAGCGCCGGGCAAUGCGGUGCUGAGCAGGCGUGAGCAUCGUGAAGGACACACGGACGAACGGAUUUGACCGCUACAGAAGGAAAACCAGGCAGUCCUGCUAAUGUUCCACCAGCUGACUUUCUAGCUGUAACCCCACCAGGUGGUCCUCACUUCAACAUCAUGCUGCACCUCCUCCUGCUCCUCCAUCUCCUGGUCCUCUCACUCUCCCCUGCAGAUGCAUCGACGCAUGGGGAGGUACCCGACUUUUAUGGAGACGAAGCCACAGGUUACGGGCCGGUGUUUGAGGAGCAGCCGGUGGAUACCAUCUACCCAGAGGAGUCGCCCGAGGCAAAAAUCACCAUGAGCUGCCGGGCCCGGGCCAGUCCACCUGCUUCAUACAAGUGGAUGCUGGGGGACACAGCAGUAGACUUUGAUGCAAAGGGCAGGCACUACAGUUUAGUAGGAGGAAACUUGGUCAUCAGCAACCCGGUUAAAACACAACAUGUAGGAAAAUACUCCUGUUUGGCCUCCAACGAGUACGGCACAGUCAUCAGCCAAGUGGCCUCGGUCCAGUUCGGAUAUCUCGAUCUCUUCUCGUCGGAGGAGAGAGAGUCGGUGUAUGUCAAAGAGGGGCAGGGCGCAGUGCUGCUCUGUGCUCCCCCACCACAUUAUCCAGAAGAGCUUUCGUUCCGAUGGAUACUCAAUGAAUUCCCCACCUUCAUUCCACUGGACAAACGGCGUUUUGUCUCCCAGAUAACGGGUAACCUCUAUAUCUCCAAAGUGGAUUCGUCAGACAGCGGCAACUAUUCCUGCAUCGCAUCCAGCCCAUCCAUUUCUAAGAGUGUUUUCUCCAACUACAUCCCCCUCGUGCCUCUGGCUGAACGUCCCAUCAGGAAAUACCCAGCCGACCUAAAAGUCAAGUUCCCAGACACCACUGCGCUGGUGGGGCAGAAUAUCACCUUAGAGUGCUUCGCUUUGGGAAACCCCGUCCCUGAGGUCCUCUGGAAGAAGUUAGACGGACAGCUUCCAGCCAAUCACGAGGUGCGGAUGGCGGGGGCUCACCUGCACCUGUUCAAUGUGCAGUUCGAAGACGGCGGCAACUACCAGUGUGAGGCUGUGAACUCGAGAGGGAAGGACUACCAUGCUGCACGCGUGUCUGUCGAAGCUUAUCCUGAGUGGGUGGAGCACAUCAGCAGCACAGAAAAAGACCUCAGCAGUGAUUACACCAUGCCCUGCAUUGCCAGUGGCAAACCUAAACCACAUAUCCGCUGGCUGAAAAAUGGAGAACUGACUGACAGGAAAGAAAUGAAGUUCAGCAGAUUGACGUUUGAAGAUUCAGGGAUGUAUCAGUGCAUCGUGGAGAAUCACCACGGAGUCAUAUACGCCAAUGCAGAGCUGCGUGUGUUCGCCUGUGCUCCCACAUUCAAACACAACCCAGUGAAGAGAGUCCUGGCUGCGAGAAACGGCCGGGUGGUGAUUCAAUGUCGACCCAAAGCGGCGCCAAAGCCGAGCUUCUACUGGAGCAAAGACACCGAGCUGCUUCAUAACUCUACCAGGGUGUUCAUCUGGGAUGAUGGGAGUCUGGAGAUCCUUAACGUGACCCAAGCAGAUGAAGGCAAGUACACCUGCUUCGCGGAGAAUGACAGAGGGAAGGCCAACAGCACGGGCACUCUGCUGGUUACAGAGUCCACAAAGAUCACCUUGGCGCCGUCUAACGCUGACGUUAAAGUGGGUGACAACGCCUGGAUGCAGUGCGCCGCAUCACAUGACUCCUCUCUUGACAUCACCUUCGUAUGGUCUCUGGAUGGCCGGGUCAUCGACUUACACAAGGACAGCCAACAUUAUGAACGCACCCCGAACGGAAGCUCAAACGGAGAGCUGAUGAUCAAGAACGCUCAGCUAAAGCAUUCUGGACGCUACACCUGCACUGCACAGACUCCAAUUGACAACAUUACCGCCUCCGCCCACCUGGUGGUGAGGGGUCCCCCCGGUGCCCCAGGUGGGGUGCGAGUGAUGAACAAAGCUGACAAGAGUGUGACGUUGCAGUGGAGCCGUGGGGCAGACAACCACAGCCCCAUCUCCAAAUAUACCAUCCAGUACAGGGACUCCUUCUCUGAUGUCUGGAAGACUGCCACUACAUCUCCUGCAGCUAUAGAGGGGAACACAGAGAUGGCCACCGUGGUGGACCUUUUCCCCUGGGUGGAAUAUGAGUUCAGGGUGAUCGCCACCAACACUCUGGGCACGGGGGAGCCGAGCAGCCCGUCACCGAAAGACAAAACCCAGGAAGCACUUCCUGUGGUGGCGCCCUCGGACGUCAGCGGGGGCGGAGGGACCAGCAGAGAGCUGACCAUCACGUGGACGCCUGUACAGCCCCAGUACUACUACGGCCCUAAUUUUGGAUACAUUGUAGCCUUUAAACCAGAAGGCGAAAACGAGUGGAUGAAGGUGACGGUAGCCGACCCCCAGGCAAAGCGCUACGUCCACAAAGACUCUAACAUCCCUCCAGCAACAGAGUAUCAAGUCAAAAUCAAAGCAUACAACAGCAAAGGAGAGGGACCGUUCAGCCAGUCGGCUUUCAUUUUUUCUGCACAGGAUGCUCCUUCUGAAGCUCCUGUCAGUGUUGAAGGCAGAGCUCUCUCUGCCACAGAAGCCUUCGUGUGGUGGCUGCCUCUCCCACAGAGCAAUAUAGAUGGAUACCAGGUGAAGUUCUGGAGAGCUGCGGAUGAGAGUGAGGGAGACGCACAGUCGGUGCAGGUCUCCAGCAAAGACAAUCACACUAGAUUGGAGGGUAUGAAGCACAGCACCUACUAUCUUAUUGUGGUCCGGGGCUACAACUAUGCUGGAUACAGUCCGCCCAGCGAACGCCUACAGAUCCUGACCAAGAAGCCGCCUCCAAGUCAAGCCCCAAAAAUAACUGGUAAAAAGAUCAAGGGCGCGGCAGUAAAUAUUGCCUGGGAGCAAGUGGAAUCACUGCCUAGCGAGUCGUCCGUAGAUGGUUACAAAGUCCUGUGCACGGAGGAGGGCGUCCCACAAGCCACUCUGUACACCACCACUCGACGGUACAUAGACCUUAACCUUAAACCAUACAAGAACUAUGUUGUGGAGGUCCGGGUGCACACAGAGGGAGGAGACGGGGCGGUGGCAAAAAUCGACAUCAUGGGAACCCAAGGAUACAGAAGUGGAGGUGUCAUGGUCGCCUGGUCUCACAGCGUACUCUCCCUGCUCCUGGUCGCUCUCCUCUGCCUGAACCUCUGAAUGUAGUGCCAUCUUCGUCUUCACAUACAGUGAAGGAAACUCUAUGGUUGACGCCUAUGAGGACUUUGGGACUCUUUCCACAAAUUUCUGGUUCCGCCCUAUAAACCCGGGACGUCAUAUUCCAACUAUUUCCCCCUCGUCUGGAAUAUUUUUGUGGAAAUGGAAAAAAUUUGAAAUGGACAAAGACAUCCCUUAUUUAUCCACAAAAAAAGCCUCUUUGGAGGAGUGUCAAAGGAGUUCUGUCAACUUUUUAAAUAUGCCUUAUAUAAAUGACUGCACUUAUCUUUCACAAUAACUUGUCUGAAAAUGGAUCAUGACUGAAAGUAUUACACUUUGCAUCGAUUUGAGUCUUUUCACACAAUGAAGCCGACUAUUUUCCCUCUGGAAAUGUGGGCUUCAUUUGACCCGUGAUAUCUCAGUGCAUUCCAGAGUACAAGGUGAACAAGUAGCUGUAAAGGAUAAGUGUACUCGUUUAUAAAAACGUCUUUGUCUUUCUUUACUUGCAGUUCAGUGGCAUUUUUCUUCUCUUUUCUUUUUAAAAUGAAGCACAACCUUUGUUACAGAGAUACAGUCAAAGCAAAUCUAGUCCUUGAUUUUAACAACACGUAAAAGAGGGAGGGGGAAAAUUAUGUCAUGCUGAAAUAAUAUAUGAAAUAACUGAUACGGUUUCCUAUCUAAUAUAUAUUAUGGAUGUUAUUUGAAGAAAAUGUUAAGACCUGCAAUCAACGCUUAUUUCAAAAUCAAAACAUGAGCGCUUUUCAUAGAAUACCACUUCCAGAAGUGUGUGCAUGUUGACUUUGCAACGAGGAAGAAAAGUUAGAAAUGGUUCAGAAAAGUAAAGGUACAUGUAUCCACGUCUGCAAAGCUGAAUGUAAAGGGAGGUAAAUGGAACAACAUAUCAAAAGUGCAGUUUUCAAAUGCAAAACUGCUGCAAAAAAAAAACCCAGUGGAAUAAUGGUUCUUUGGAUUGCUUUGUUGUUAUAAUCGUGCACUGUGCAGUGAUCAAGUAUUCGCCUCAAACCUCUGGUCGAUAUCGAGCGUGAAACCUGAACGUAAACCUUGACUAAAAAAAGAUAACUUUUGUUUUGACUGUAUCAUUAGGACCUCUGUGGUACCAGCUGGUGCUUUGUAAAGAAUGUUGACAUUUUAUUUUGUGUAAAAAAAACAAAAACCUUUUCAUUUCUUCAUUAUGGCUUUGUGUGAGAGUCACUAUUAACAGUCUCAGUGAACGGUAGUGACGCUCAUGCCCUCCAAUAAUUGUGCAAUGUUUGACUCAUCUGUUGCUACUUCAUAUUUUCUAAUAAGACAACUUGUCUAGCUCCUUUAACAGUGAUCUAGUCUGUUUUUAAUUUUUUUAAUUUUUUCUUAUAUAAACAGAAGCAUAAACGAAGCCAUCCAUGUCAGUGGUGAGAGCUUUUUCAAGAGCUCCACUUUGUUCUUUUUGUCUUUUUAUUAACAUUUGAUCAGAGAUAUUAUAUAAACAUUUUCAACUGUUGUUGUUCUUUUUUUUUCUUCAUGUUUAUUAUAUUUGUAUGUCAUGUCCCUUCUCUAGCUGGACAGUUUAAAGUUGAUUUCUCUCAUAUGGAGGAACCGUGGCUGUGUUUUGAUCUCCUCCCGUUCAUUUCUCAUGUGAUGCUUGCCAUGCUUCUACAUUGUGACUAUAUCAACAUCCACCACGAAGUGCUUUCCCCCCGUUAUCCUUCAUGCGACAAAUCAUAAAAGAAAAAGAGUUGCCAAAUGCAUGAAUGCCUUGAACCUUGACAUUUUGGACGACGCAGCAGCUCUACAUUUAACAUGCAUGACAUCGGAGAUGAAAUGGUACAUCACUUUGCAACAAAUCAACAUCAUAGCAACCUCUCUCAGCUUCACAUGAAAUACAUUCCAUUCCUGAGUGACAUCCCUUUACGUCAGAGAGUAUGUAGAUGUAAGCCUAAUAUGUGCAUUAGCUGCUAAGCUUCAUUUAGCCAGUCAUCUCAUGUGGAGCCUCGGGGAGACGAUGUUUUUCUAGAGAGAAAACCUGAAACUGACUAAAAGGAAUCUCACUCAUAGAAGUUCAGAAAUGGUCCUGCGGUACUCUCACAUGAUGGUUUUUGGAUAUGAUAGCAUCACUGGUGGCAGAGGCGGCAUGUUUGGCUGUUAACUGAAGUUCAGUGCUACGCUGGACUUGAACGGCAUUUUGUGAGGGAUGAAACUGGAAAAUCUCAUUGGCUGGACAAGGAACAAUAAAAGUGUAGUUAACUAUUGAA